AUGGAGGCAACACUCGAGGAUUUGGUGGUCACCGACCUGAGCCCAGACGCAGUGGACAUCGCAGGGAGCUCGGAUGCGGAGCGUUACGAGGGAGCCACGAGGUGGGGCCGCUACAUGGCAUUCCUACCCUCAUCAGGGACAGCAUCGGGGCUUAUAUGCUCUGCUAGAUGCAAAGACAUCGUGGAUAUUGCCAAGCAGAGGAAGUUGAAGGCGAAACUGUGGAUGCUCCUCAGGCAGUCAGAGCCAGCAGACGUGGACGGCUACAUCUCAGCAGCGACGAUGGGCCCCGAUCAAGCCCAGGACACCGCCCCACGGAUCGACCCGCUGGACGACGUCUUCGGGUCCGAUGGCGACGAUGAUACCACCCCUGCAUUUGGAGGCAACGAAGCCUCGCACAUACGUAUUAUCCGUGACACAUCGGCAGCGCAAACGCACCCCUCGGACAUCCACCGGCUGCGGCAGGAGCACACCACGGCAGGCUACCGCGAGGGCAUCACCGUGGCCAAGGGCACCAGCAUCCAGGCGGGCUUCGACGAGGGCUUCGGGCUCGGGGCGACGAUCGGCCUCAAGGUCGGCUACCUGAUAGGGUUGCUGGAGGGCGUGGCCGGCGCGCUGGGCAAGGACCCCUCGCUCGCCGCAGCCCACGCGGAGGCAGGCAAGCUCCUAGCUGAGGCACGCAGGGAGCUGGGCCUGCAGGCCGUGUUCAGCCCGGAGUACUGGGACUCGGACGGGACGUGGAAGUACGAGGUCGGGAGCCGGGAGGGGCAGGAGGCUGCUGAAGUCGUGUUCUCGCACGUCGCUGAGGCGCACCCGCUUGUGAGGAAGUGGACUGCCAGCGUUGAGGCCCAGAUGCGGAAGUGGGGGCUAGAGGAGCAGGUGCCUCUGCUGCAGCGACGGGAUGAGGAGGACGAUGUCGUUGAGCCGGUGGCUAGGGUGAAGGCAGUGGCCCAGUCCCAGCCUGACGCGAAAGUAGGGAAUGAUGCGCUAAGCUGGUGA